AUGGCUUCCAAAGAAGAAAAGUCCGAUAUAUCGGACUCCAAGCUCGAAGGUGUCCAUACAGUGGCUGAUAGUGUUCAUCAGGGUGACCUCGGCCCAAAUGCCGAUCAUCUCCAGCGAAACCUAGGCAAUCGCCAAGUCCAACUGAUCGCCAUUGGUGGAUCUAUUGGAACGGCCAGUUUCGUCAGUAUUGGCACAGGUCUCAUCAAGGGCGGUCCUGCCAGUCUCUUAAUCGCCUACACACUAUACUCCUGCAUGCUUGGUCUGGUGAACAACUGUAUCGCUGAGAUGGCUACAUACAUGCCAAUUACCAGUGCCUUUGUUCGCAUGGCUGGACAUUGGGUUGAUGAGGCCUUCGGGUUCAUGGCUGGCUGGAACUUUUUCCUUUACGAGGCUAUCCUGAUCCCUUUCGAGAUUUCCGCCCUCAAUCUUGUCUUGACAUAUUGGCGCGACGAUAUCCCAGUCGCUGCUGUUGUGGCUGGCUGUAUUGUCGCUUAUUUCAUCCUUAAUGCCUUCACUGUCAAGUGGUAUGGCGAAGCUGAAUUUUGGCUGUCAGGUGGCAAGGUUAUCUUGCUGCUGAUUGUCUUCUCUUUCACCUUUGUCACCAUGUGCGGUGGUAACCCCAAGCACGACGCCUACGGCUUCCGCCACUGGAAGAAUCCCGGUCCCUUCGCCGAGUUUAGAACAACUGGAGACCUCGGUCGCUUCGAAGGCUUCUUGGGCUCAUUAUGGAGUGCUGCCUUUACUAUCGUCGGACCUGAAUAUGUUUCCAUGGUUUCGGGUGAGACCAAGCUGCCUCGUCGUUACUUGAAGAAUGCCUUCAAGACCACAUAUGCUCGAUUCGGUUUCUUCUUUAUUGGUGGUGCCUUGACUGUUGGAGUUGCCAUUGCCUACAACGAUAAGACUCUUGUCUCCAUCCUGACUGGAGAGUCUGGUGGUGCUGGAACUGCUGCUGCUUCUCCUUAUGUUAUUGCCAUGACUAAUCUUGGAGUCGGCACUCUUCCCGACAUCACCAAUGCCCUCCUUAUUACCAGCAUCUUCUCGGCCGGUAACGCCUACACCUACUGUGGAACCCGAACACUGUACGGUCUUGCGCUUGAAGGUCAAGCUCCUGCCUUGUUCCGUAAGACUACCAAAAACGGUGUUCCUAUCUACUGCCUGGUUGCCAUCAUGGUCUUCCCUUGCCUUGCUUUCCUCAACGUCUCCAGCAGUUCAGGUGUUGUUCUGACUUGGCUUACCAAUCUUAUUACUGCUGCUCAGAUUAUCGACUAUAUCGUCAUUUGCAUCACAUACGUCUUCUGGUACAAAGCAUGCCAGGUUCAGGGACUUGACCGCAGCACUCUUCCUUAUUACGCACGCUUCCAGCCAUACUCCGCUUGGAUUAGCGGCGUAUUCUUGACUGGCGUUGUGUGCACAUACGGCUACACCGUUUUGACUCCCGGAGGCUGGGAUAUUGGUACCUUCUUCACCUACUACACUAUGCUUUUUCUCGCUCCCUUUUUGUACUUUGGCUGGAAAUUUACCAAGAAGACCAAGCUCAUCAAGCCUGAGGAGGCCGAUCUGGUCUGGGACAGACCUCUUAUCGACGCUUAUGAGGCCUCGUACGAUGAGGAAGAUAUUGGUUUCUUCCGUGAGAUUCUUCAAAUGGGUGGAAUUGGAAAGAAGAAAGUCAGCUCUUCAGCUUGA